ACUGGUAUUUUCUUAGUGGAAACUCUGACGUUUAAUGAUAUGUUUCUGUGUUUCCCUGAAUGUUUGUUUCCGUUUCAAAGUGAAUGCAUGAGAUUUUAUUAUUAUUUGGGUAACUUCAUAUAUGGUAUUUUUCGUUUAUUGUCUGGACAGCUCGGUCUGUUUUGUAGUUCAGUGCAUUUCUAAUUUAAAGGCUUCUUAUAUGCUGCUCGACUUUGAACAUUAUUCGCUGGAGCUAUAGUCACUUCACUGUUGUGUAUCCCAUUGCAGUUCGGAUCGUGUUGUCCAGGAUGUUGAACUCGGAUCAGACUGAACUGGACCUGAAUCCCAGCUCCUCGGAAAGCGAGUCCGUGCUGUCCGAUGCCAGGGGAGGCUGCGUGCGGGACAAACCAGAUGAGGCCGAGGGCAAACGGGGAGUCCAGCAGACACUGAGCCGGGAGGAGAAGCGCCGGCGGCGGCGAGCCACUGCCAAGUACCGCACGGCUCACGCAACCCGGGAGCGCAUCAGGGUGGAGGCCUUUAAUGUGGCGUUCGCAGAACUUCGCAAACUGCUGCCAACACUGCCUCCUGAUAAAAAGCUCUCCAAGAUUGAGAUCCUCCGCCUGGCCAUCUGCUACAUCUCCUACCUGAACCAUGUCCUUGAUGUCUAGGCAGUGAGUGGGGGAGACAGACAGACAGAGAAACAGUGGAGAUCAGAAUGGGAAAAGUAAAGUUUGUGGAUUUAAAACUGGAAAUUAAAAAAAAAGUUUGAGGAGGUUGUCAAGUGCCACCGUUUCCAAAACAAAUGGAACUUAAAAAUCUAUUUGUGACCUUAAAGUGUGUUAGUGGGUGCGGUAUAUUUAUAUUUAAUUUUAUUUUUUAUAAAUGUGCGUAUUGAUAAUUAGUAUAUUUCUAUAUUAUUUUAUUUAUUUUUUAUAUAAAUGUUUGUCAGUUUUUUUUGUGCCACCUGUUCUCAGUUCAGUGUUUACACCUUCUGUUGGAGAGCUGUGAGCUGUUAAUUCUGUCCUUCUUUCUCGACGUGCUAGGUUGCUGUUUUGAGAGCAGUGAUGUUUUUGCCUCUUGUAUCGCACUUGUUUCUGAAGGUAGACGCUUUUCUGUUUGUCUUAUUUCCACCCUCACCCCCCCCCCCCCUCCCCACCUUCAAUAUUUGGUGCAAUGAGUUUUGUUGUUUCUAGAAGAGUCGAGCACUCGCACUUGAUGCUUUAAUUUUAUUUAAAUGUUUUAAGGUCCGUGGCGGUUGCUGUUGUAUAAACA